CAUUUUAAUCGCAACACAAUGAGGAAAGCCCCCUUGUUUUAAUGAGUAACAAAGAUACACACCUGAGCAAGACCCUGUCCUGGCUUCUCCGACACGGCGCUACCAAGGAGUGCCUUAAUAUAAGUUCUGACGGCUAUAUAUCUGUACGAGAAAUAUUACAGCACAGAUCACUCAGAGGUAGAUACAAUAAAGAGGACAUAGAAAGAGUGGUCGCAACAAACAGUAAACAGAGAUUCAAACUAAGGUUCAACAAUAGUACGAAUAUAUUAGAAAUAAAAGCCAAUCAAGGGCACUCCAUACAAAUAAGUGAUGAUGACUUAAUACAGAUAUUGGAGCCUCAUUACGAAACUGUUGUCCAUGGCACAUAUUACAAAUAUUGGUCAAAAAUUAAGAUUGAAGGCUUAAGUCGUAUGAAAAGGAAGCACAUACACUUUGCUAAAGGCACUUUAAAUGAUCGCAACGUUAUAAGUGGGCUACGGCAAGACGUUGAAAUAUAUAUAUUUAUUGAUUUGACGAAGGCAUUAGCCGAUGGAAUUUUGUUUUUCGAAUCAGAAAAUGGAGUUAUAUUAACAAAAGGAAAUAACAUAGGUUUCUUAGAGCCUAAAUAUUUUUGGAAAGUUAUUGAUAGAAGAACAGGUGCUUCACUGUUGUAAGUCAUGGAUCGCUCCAAAAAAGUGCAUGUUACGGGUAAGUCAUUAUACAUCUAUACUAACCUGAAAAGUUUCUUAGUUUGUUUGUUUGAGCUAGUCUCAGGAACUGCUGGUUCAAAUUGAAAAAUUCUGUUUUGUUGGCUAGUCCAUUUACUGAGAACGGCUUAUUGAAUUUGAAUACGUUUUUCCUAAAAUUAGCGCGAGUGAAAUCGCGGGCUCAGCUAGUCUAUCUAUAUAAAUAAAAGUGAAUUCUUGAAUGUGUGGCUGAGUGCAAAUCUCUCGAAUGCGUGGAUCAAUUUGGAUAUAACUAAUAGUUGGAAUUAUCUAAUACUCUGUGAAGGGGAAUAUUAAAUAAAUAAUU